AUUCCGCAGGAAAACACAAACCGAACCCCGCUGCAUGAGGCGGCCUCCACCGGGGACGAGACGAAGGUGGAAACCCUCCUGGCCGCUGGUGCCGAUCGGAAUGCCAAGGAGUCGGUACACGGUAAUACGCCCCUUCACGAGGCUUCCUGGAAGGGAUACAGCCGCUGCGUGAAGCUGCUCUGCGCCCUGCCGAAACCAGCCAAGGUCGGUGGCGCUUCCGGUGCCAAAGGACUCGAGCUGCUGAAGGAUGCUGCGGCAGCGCCGGCGUCGUCAUCGGCGAAGGUCAAGCACGCGGUGCACGACACGAAGGGGGCACUGCACAGUGCGCUGCUCGGCACGCGCAAUUUCGGUGGGUUCUCCGCGCUCCAUCUGGCCGCCCAGAAUGGCCACAACCAGAGCUGCCGGGAGAUUCUGCUGGCCGGUGGCGAUCCAGACGUGCAGAACAACUACGGUGACAGUCCGCUGCAUACCGCGUGCCGGUACGGGCACGCCGGUGCCAUCCGGAUCCUGCUGUCGGCCAAGUGCGACUUCGAGCGGAUCAACCUGAACGGGGACACGGCGCUUCACAUCGCCUGCGCCAUGGGGCGCCGCAAGCUGACGCGCAUCCUGCUCGAAUCCGGCUGCCGGCAGGACACGAAGAACGCUCAGGACGAAACGGCGCGGGACAUUGCGCAGCGCAAGAAUCUGGUCGAAAUCAUCAACAUCCUCAACUCACCUCCACCGCCACCGGCACCGGCGCCAGCAGCACCGAACCCCGUCGAUCUGUCCCCGCGGAGAUCGCGCGAACGAUCGAGCAGCAGUUCGCACCGGAAGGCGCCCGAUUGUCCCGAUGGGCACGGGCGGUCAUCGCGCCCCAGCAAACCGGCGGCCGGGGCCGGCGAGGAAGGACCAGCGCACCGUAAAUCGGGUCGCCGUCGCAGCAAUUCAAACGAUGACGCGAAAGGCGGAGGAGCCGGUGCCGAGGUCGAUCCGAAGCACUGGUCCCCGUACGGGUGCCACUACUUUCCCGAUCCGCGCAACUUUCCCUCGCCCAAGCUGGAGACACUGCCGAAAGAACCGCUCGGGAAUGGUGAGCAGUACUUCCUCGACCUGGCCGGCAACAUCCGGAAGGGCCCGGUCGGGGUCGGGAACACGUGCUACUGUGCACCGUUCUUUAAGCACCUGGAGGCGCGCAUGAACCAGAACCGGCGCAGUAUCCGGAAGUACGUGCACCGUGCGACGGAGAAGCUGGACAGCCGGAUGACAGCGCUGGCGAUGCGGACCGACGACCAGAUCGAGGAGCUGACCAAGUCGAUGAUCGCGAGCCGGGUGCAGUGCGAGAACAAGCGGCUGCACCUGGAGCAGUGGCUAAAGCGGGGCAUCGCCGAACGAUCGACGACCACCACUUCUGGCGGCGGUGGCGGUGGCGGCGCAGGGCAUCCGCUGCAGCACACCAACAGCAAGACCAAAAAGGACGAAGCGAACACCAACACGCUGACGCGCUGCCGGAGCCUCGAGCUGCUGGACGAUCACGAGGACAUUCACCACCACCACCUGCAGGCACAGCAGUCCACCCCGGUCGCUGGGACCGUCAGCAGCAUCCCCACCAAGCAGUUGUUCAGCUCCCGGUCGAUCGAUUUCCUUGACGCCACGGGCUCGACGGUCGACGAGGAGGCGCACCUGCGGCUGCUGCAGUACGGAUCGGCCACCGGUCACCAGUCGGACGCGUUCGGUGGCAGCUCUCAGCACUCCAACAUGAAGAACCAUUCGGACGCGGCGUCCGAAACGCCACCCCUGCCACCGCUGGCACGACGGAACCGCUCCGCGUCCGUCUGCUACUCCUCCGACAAGGACAACGAUCGGGAGAAGCCGGCGUCGCUAGCGCCACAGCCACAACCGACCACAUCCGGGCACCAGGGCAAGAGCGAGAAGGCCAAGGUCACCGAGCGGCUCGAGGAGCUGCUGAGCAAAACGAAACGCAUCCUCGAACUGGAGAAGCUCACCAAAGCCACGGGCCCCGGAUCGCCGCCGGUGGCCACCGCCCGCUCGGACAAUCGCUACAUCCUGGCGCUGGACAAGCUGCGCGACAUCCACCACUACGACCCCCCGCUGGCAGGCACGGCUGGCGGUCGAGGACACUCACCCGGGGCCGCCGGCUACGACAUUGCGCAGGAGAUGGAGAAGAUCACCAAAUCGUUGCUUCCGGCGACGGCGUUGGACACGGCAGCGGCUCCCGUUUCGCCCGAAAUCGCCAAGGACAUUACGACGUGCAAGGAGCGUCCGACGGCUGUGUACGGGCUCGCGCUGGCGUACGGCCCUCCGGUGUGUUCCACCUCGAAAUCCGGCUCACCGUUCGUGGUCGACGAAGAGGAGAGCCACCUCGGAAGGACCAACUUCGGUCAAGCCGAGUCGCCCGGCACCGGCGUGGUGGUCAAUGGGUUCUACUCCAACAGCUGCUUCGCCGACGAAACGCUGCCCAGUUCGUCCUGCAACACGACGAUCAAGCGGAACCCCGGGACCGAUCCGGAGGAGGAAGACAGUCCGGACGAGGAGGGGGAGGAGGAGCAAGAUUCGGAUCGCGGCGACGAUGACGACGGCGAUGAUCAACGGGACUCGGAGUCGGAUCGGGCCGACCUGUCGGCGAUGGCGAACCUGGCCGAGCUGAAGGAGCUAAAGAGCCGCAUCCUGAACGGGACGAACUGGCGCAGCCAGGUGCUGCAGAAGAGCGUCCAGGAGCUGCUGCGCGAGGAUCGGACGCAGGACGAAUCGCCGAUGGCUGAAGAUCGCACGUCUGGUGAUGAUCCGACGACGGACACGAACCGGGUGCGGUACAUCAUUUCGAAGCUCCAGCAAAGCGUAGCCGGUGGUGGCCACUCGAACCCGCCACCGUUGGCACAGUGCGAGGACUUCUCGGACAGCAGCGAAGACGAAGGCGAAGAAGAGGAACACCACGACGGUAACGGUGAAGCCGAAGAGGACGAUGACGACGAGGAAUGUGUCGAUGGUCCGCUGCCGGUCGGCAGGCAUCACUCCGACGGGGGCACCACCACCACCAUCACCAUCCCGGGGGCGGCCACGGGAAAGGUCGAGAUCGGGAUCGGAACGGCCAAAAGUUUGAUCCAAAUGUACGAGCAAUCGUCAUCGUCGUCGUCGGCCGCCGCGUCGGGACCAUCCUUCAAAGCACUGCCAACCAUCCAGGGCAUCCCGAAGGAUGCGUACUUUCACGAUCUACCCCGGAAGCCGGCGCUCGGGGCCACCGAUCGGGAUGAGGACACUCCACCGCCGAUGGCGCUAGCAUCCCGCAGCCGCAACCCGUUGCCGUCCUACCUGCUGCAGGAGGCCGAACUCUUCCAACAGCAUCAGCAGCAACAACCGGGCCCAUACCGGGCGACCAGCAUGAUGCUGAACGGUAACGAAGGGUUCCUGCACCAUCCUACGCCACCGGCACCGUCCCAACGGCACAACCACCAUCACCACCAUCAUCAUCCCCAUCAGAGCAACGCUUACCAAAGCUACCACCCGGUGGCGGCAGCGCAACCACCACCGGAAUCGGAACGGUUACUCUCGACCCGGAAGUACAUCAAUCCAGCGGCCACGCAGCACCAGCAACGGUCUCUCUCCAGCACGGCCACGCCGUCGCCCGAGUUUCCGCUCUAUCACCAGCAGCAGCAGCCGUCGCAGCAGGCACAACCGCAGCACUCCUCGCUGGGCACGGCCACGGGCGUUGGCACCGUCAUCGCCGGCCAUUCGCACGCCAUGAUGACGAUGAUGGCAGCGGCAGCGGCCGCCGCCGCUUCUCGUAGCAAAUCGGCCGACAACCUGUCCAACGACGACUCGGGCUACGUCAGCGGGAAAGUGAGCGAGAUCCACGUUCCGAGCGGUGGCGCCAGCCCCUUGCUGUCGCUCCCGGCCGGACUGGCCAAUGGGGCAGCUGGCGGCAACGUGCUGAUCAUUCCACCGCCUGCCUCAGCCUCGCCCCGUCACUUCCUGCCAUCGUAUCCGCAUCACCAUCACCACCAUCAUCACCUGGGCAUGGCGGGUAAUGGCGGUGGCAGCGUCGUAACGUCCAUCGUCCCACCGCCGGCACCGCUGGGGAGUGGGCCACCCGCCCCGAUGACGUCGGCCGCCGCACACGCUGCCGUCGAGCAGAAGCAACAGUCGCUCUACAAACUCGGUGCCUCGAGUUUGGUUUAAACCGUGCGGUUUUUAUUGUGUAAAAAUUAAGAUAAGUUCUUUUAUGAGGCCCCCCUCCCCGCUAAG